AUGUCCAACGUUCGCGGACCCACUUCGGCGCUGACCGAGUUUCUCAGGGAGCGAGGCAUUACCGCCAGGAACACCAAUCGAUUCCGACGUCGAGAUCAGGACGAGCAAGAAGCCGCAGCCGCGGCUGCUGCUGCCAAUGCUUCCGCUUCACCUGUACCUGCCUCUCCGGCCCCAGCUAGUCGUCCUCGUCGCCCACUGGCCCGCAGUGGCAGCUCGAUGAACUUUGAGGAGGACGACGAAACGGACGAAGACCUGCCCGAAGCAGCCACUGCUAGUGCCGGGACUCAGCCCGAGGCGAGCACUAGCACAGGUCGACAGACACGAGCAAAUGGGAAGAAGCGUGCUGAACCGGAGCAGCUCGCUGCAGAGACCAGCAGCAGCUCCGUCGGCAAAGGCAGGAAGAAGGCGAAGAAAGACGAAGACGACGACGAUGAUGCCGACUUCAAUCCCAAGGGCAAAGCCAAGAAGGAGAAAGGACCAGCGCCCGAAGACUGGGAGGAUUCACUGGGGUUGCCGCAAGCAAGCAGCUCCCGCGCCAAUCACUCGUACGCCAACAGGACCCCCGGCAGCAUCGCCUACUGUGGCGCGUGCAAGAUGAAGUUCACCAUCACUUCGUACACAAAGAUGUCCGAUAAAGGCCCUCUGUGCCAUCGAUGCGGUCCUACGUACAAGGGCGCAGGCGGUGUUGCUGAUACCAAGGCCAAACCAGCACCCAAAAAGAAGCAGGCUCGACGCAAGACGGGCAUGCAGGACGGUGUGCGACAGAGCUUUCCGAGUCUGCAGAGCUACUGCAUCGAGGUGGUCAGUCGUCAUAUCGAGGACGUCGAGGCCCUUGGACACAUCGGCUUCAGCAACAUGGACGCCAUCAGCAAGUCGAUCUCCAAGAACCGCAGUCUCAACCCGACCACAUUGCAGCUGUUCCUAUCUCCGAGCAUCACGACACUCUCGCUCUACGAUUGCAGCAAGCUGAACAGCGAGUCUUUGCAAAGCAUCGCCACAUUCGCUCCCAACCUCGAGCAUAUCAAUUUGCAGCUAUGCGGUAUGCUGGACAACGAUGCGAUGGACGUCUGGUCCAAGAAACUCCCCAAGCUCAAGAGUGUUGAGCUCUACGGACCCUUUUUGGUCCGCAAGGAAGCCUGGCACCGCUUCUUCGCCGCCGUAGGAUCUCGUCUCGAGAGCUUCAAGAUUCGCGAGUCGCCACGCUUUGACCUGUCGUGUGCGGAAGCCAUGGUCACGCAUUGCCCCAAUCUGCGAGAACUCGGCCUGGCGCAGAUCGGUCCUUUGGACAAGACCAUGCUCAAGCCGCUGGAGAGCUACGGCGAACAGCUCACGUAUCUCGACAUUUCAGACCCAGGCGUCUCGGCGCCAGGCAUCCCGCCCAAGUCGCUUGAAGAUGACGAGGUGGUGAGCCUGCUGAAAGCUGUCGGCAAGAAUCUGACGUAUCUGGAUACGUCCAAAAACAUCGACCUGACCAAUCGAAUCGUCGAAGAAGCCAUCGUGUCACACUGCCACAAGCUCCAGACAUUGCGUCUCAUCGGCCUGGAACAGCUGGAGGCCAAGACAGUAGCUGACAUGUUCACCGAAUGGUCAGAGAAGCAUGUGCCAGGUAUCGCUUACCUGCAUCUCGACCGAAUGCUCAAGCUGGACGACAGUUUGAUGGAGCCCAUGCUGAGGCACUCGGGACCUGAGCUAGUGGAGCUGUCGCUCAAUUCGGUCGACGGAGUCACCGACAAAGGGCUCGAGGUGCUCGCCAACGCUAAAAACCUUCCGAAACUCGAGUUGCUGGACUUGUCGUUCGUGCGAGCAGUCGACGACGACAGUCUGGACAAGAUCUGUCGCAACCUGGAAAGCUUGAAGAGAGUGUCGGUGUUCGGCUGCAACCGUAUCAGCGACUUCCUCAGGUCGGAUCGGGUCCGGAUCGUCGGCAAGGAGAAGUAUGCCGCUUGA